AUGGCCGACCGCGACCGUGACCGCCACAUCCAAGCGCAUCCCCACUCCCGCUACGAGACCACCAGAGACCAACUCCUCCCCCACAAGGGCGGUGGCCCCUCCGCCCAACAGAUCUUGGCCAUCGCCGCUCUCCUCCCCAUCGGCGGCUCUCUCCUCGGCCUAGCCGGCAUCAUACUCGCCGGGACCCUUGUUGGUCUGGCCGUGGCCACCCCACUCUUUGUCAUCUUCAGCCCAAUCCUCAUCCCCGCCGCCAUCCUCACUGCUGGGUCGGUGGCCGGCUUCCUGACUUCCGGGGCGUUUGGGCUCACGGGACUCUCCUCCUUCUCGUGGCUGCUCAACUCCUUCCGGAAGGCCACGGGGCAGGAGCCGCUCGACUAUGCCCGGCGGCAGCUGCAGGAGGGGAUCGUUCAAGUUGGGGAGAAGACGAAGCAGGUUGGGGAGAUGGUGGGGGACAAGACAAAGCAGACGGGUGAAGCCAUCAAGUCCAAGGCCGCCGCUGGUGGUGAGGGCGGUGGGGCUGCUGGCCGGACUUGA